CGCCCAACUUUCUCCUUCAUUGCUUUCGAAGACAAGCAUCUCUCUCCCUCUCUCUCUCUUUCUCAGAGCUAAACACUCACACAGAAAGACAUAUUCUCUCUCCAUCGCUUUUUAUUAUGCUUUCUUCCUCAAUUCCCUGCUACCAAUAUUUGCAGACUCUUUCUUCUUCUCCACCUCUUCCUUUCUGUUUCCUUCUCGUCCAAUCCAAAUUUGGACGAAAUUGACGCCUGACGCCUUCGUUUCUCCAUUCAUGGCUUCUUCUGGUGUGAACCAUUUCAAUAAGCGUUCCGUCUACGAUACCGAAAGAAAAUCUCGCUUCAUGAAAUGGAUCGGCAAGAUCUUCAAAAUAGGUUCAGGUCGCGGAGAAACGAUUGGACACCGUCCACAGUUUCUUGGGGAUGAAAACAUGGUGUCUCGUGCUCCAGCAAGAUCUACGGAUGACAGAUCCAGAACGGAGAAUGAUGAAUUGGACCAUCCAAUCGCACUUUCUUCUCUGGCUGAGGAUUUAAAGAAGCCAAAUGGAUACAAAAGCCGCACAGACAAUGAUGAAGAGCUUCCUAGAUCACUUAAAGAAACCUUGAAUAUGGCUGGAUAUCCUCCUUACCCUCCACAGUAUUUCCCUGGAGGAUAUAGAUUUUGUGGUGGCUGUAAUCGCCAAAUAGGCUGUGGAAAUUAUUUAGGAUCUAUGGGAGCCUUUUGGCAUCCAGAAUGUUUCCGUUGUCAUGCUUGUCAUCGCCCAAUCACUGAGCAUGAGUUUACCUUGUCAGGUAGGAAUCCAUACCACAAGUCCUGUUUCAAAGAGUUGCACCAUCCCAAAUGUGAAGUCUGCCAUCAAUAUAUUCCUAUAAAUGGAGCUGGUUUAAUUGAGUAUAGAUCUCAUCCAUUUUGGUGUCAAAAAUAUUGUCCUUCACAUGAGUAUGAUAAUACUGCUCGUUGUUGUAGUUGUGAACGACUGGAGUCAUGGAACGCAAGAUACAUUUCUUUGGGGGAUGGACGUACUCUAUGUUUCGAGUGUAUGGAAUCUGCUAUCAUGGACACUGGUGACUGCCAACCCCUUUACCAUGCUAUCAGAGACUACUAUGAAGGAAUGAAUAUGAAAAUAGAUCAACAGAUUCCCAUGCUGCUGGUUGAAAGACAAGCCCUCAAUGAAGCUAUUGAAGGGGAGAAAAAUGGCUACCAUCACAUGCCCGAGACAAGGGGUUUAUGUCUAUCUGAAGAGCAGACUGUUAGCGGUAUACAUCAAAGGCCAAGAAUUGGGGGCAACCGGCUUAUAGGCAUGAAAAAAUAUUCUCAAAAACUGACUCGAAAAUGUGAGGUUACUGCCAUCCUUGUUCUGUAUGGCCUCCCAAGAUUAUUAACAGGUUCUAUUCUUGCCCAUGAAUUGAUGCAUGGAUGGUUACGUCUCAAAGGGUACUGCAAUCUAAACCCUGAGGUUGAAGAAGGCAUCUGUCAGGUGCUCUCUCACAUGUGGCUUGAGUCAGAGGUCUUGCCUGGAUUGAGAAGCAUGCCAUCUACAUCAACAGCUUCAUCCUCAUCUUCUUCUUCUUCAUCUAAAAAAGGUAGAAAAUCUGAUGUCGAGAAUAAACUUGGGGAAUUCUUCAUGCACCAGAUUGCUCAAGACAUCUCAACGGCCUAUGGUGAAGGAUUCAGAGCUGCCAAUGCUGCCGUAAAUAGAUAUGGCUUACGUCGUACCCUGGACCACAUUCGUCUGACAGGGAAUGUUCCUUUGUAAUUGUAAUAGCUGUGACUUGUUUUCCUUGGAAGACCCUCUGGUUCCAUCCUUUUAGAUAAUAUUACUGCUUUCCCCUUGGAAGGAUUGAGCUGAUCUGGGAAGCUUGUAUCAGCUCCCCCUUAGUUUUUGUGGGGUUCUUCAGGGUUGGUUAUUUGUUAAAUAUUGCUUUUCCAAAUGUAAUAAUAUGCAUGUAUCAAUCAUUUCCAAGAUUUUAUUUUCAUCUUCUGUAAAUACAUAUUCAAACAUAUUUCAGAGAGAUGACCCACAGAUUCU